CAACUCAACAAUGUUCUUUCUGUCCAGAGACAUUUUGCUGUUUGCUUCGCUGUGUUGACAUCAAGAAGUCAUGGAGAUUAACGCUGAAGACAAACGCACCAGUGGUUGUGGCUUUACUUUUGGACGUCCUUUUACUGCCACUUCAACUUCCACUACUCCUGCUUAUACACAGCCUAUUUUUGGUUCCACCCGGGCUGCCAUCAAUCAGCCCAAAACCAUCGGUACAACAGAAAAUAAGGAGGAAAAGACUAAAGAAGUCCCAGGAUUCCUAUCAAACUUGAACUCCCCGUGGAGAGAAGUCCUGUGGACAAUGGAGCAAAAGGAGAACCUGAUGAAAACUGUGAGCUCCUACAGGCCGAGCUGUAAAGAGGUGACCCAGGCCCGGGUUCUCCUCCUCGGCCCAGUUUCUUCAGGAAAAUCCAGCUUCAUCAGCUCAGUCCAGUCUGUGUUUCAUGGAAGAGUCACCAAUCGUGCCAUGGUGGGCUUCUCCUCCUCCACCAGCUUCACCAAAAAGCUGCAGUCCUUCAACAUACGGACUCAGAAGGGGGGAGAGAAUACUGGGCUGGUGCUGUGUGAUAUAAUGGGUCUGGGGGACGGAGAGCUGACCGGGUUGACCCUUCACGACGUCCUGUCAGUCAUUAAAGGACACGUACCUGAAGGGCACAAGUUCAGUCCAGAUAAACCGGUGGGAUCAGAAACAGUGGGCUACGUGAAGACGCCAAGCCUGAAGGAUAAAAUCCACUGUGUGGCCUUUGUGAUGGACGCCUCGAAAAUCUCAACCCAAAAUAAGGGCCUCGGCUCGGCCUUCAAACAGCUCCGAGAGCACAUCAGUGACCUGGGUGUUCACCAGGUGGCUCUGCUGACCCACAUUGACAAGGUUUGUCAGGGGACGGCAAAAGACAUUGGCCAUGUUUACAAAAGCCAGAGCAUUAAAGAGACGAUGAGCAAAGCUGGAGCGCUGCUGGGUAUGUCCACCUCCUCCAUAGUUCCAGUGAAGAACUACUCGUCAGAGCUGGACCUGGAUGUGAACAUGGAUGUGCUGCUGCUCAGUGCUGUCGACCACAUCCUGCAGUACGCAGACUUGUUUUUCCAGGACUAUGCACCACAAAAACAAACUGUUAGGCAGGGUAUACCAUAAUUGAUGCCUGAGUAUUUGAAAUGUGCCUUUCUACAGAGAAAAGAAUAAAAGUUCUCAUUGAAACUUUCA